AACAGCUGUGGCGGGCUGAGCCGCGCGCGCGCGGGGUCGCGCGGCCGCCUCUGAGGGGGCGGCGGGACCGACCGACCGACCGAUUGACUGACUGACUGGCGUGAGGGGCCGGGUGCCGCGGCGGGAUGAUGGAGACGCCCACCCGCCGCUGCUGCGGGGACCUGCUCCUGCGGUCGGUGCCCCUCAGCAGCCUGCCCGCCGGCGAGCUGACCCCGCUGAGGGAGCUCCUCGGGCGGCCGGUGGGCCCCGGUGUGGGACGCCCCGGGGGGCGGGAGCGCGACAGGGAGCCGUGGGACGCCGGCGAGGGCUGCGCCGGGCCCGCCCCCGAGCGGCGGCUGAAGCGGCAGGCGUGCGAGCCCCCCGCCCGCGAGUCCCCGGCCAAGAUCUUCCAGCGGAUGAAGGCCCGGGCCGCGCGGCAGAAGCAGGGCCCCGGGCCGCCCGCGGGGGAAGCGCCGGCGCCGAGCUGCGACAGCGACCUGAUCCUGACGCCCAACCCCGGGCUCCCCGCGCUGCGGCCGCAGCCGGCGCAGGAGAGAGCCCGCACGGCCGGGGCCGGGCCGGCGCCCGACAGGGGCACCCAGCCAGGAAAAGAAGUUCUUUGCACUUGGGUUCCUGAGAACCGAACCACAAAAGCACUAGCCGUAGAUCCUCUGAUACUGGAAUCCCCUCACAGUUUCUUCUUGCGUGUAAAGCAGAAACUGCAGCAGCAAAAAGGUUCCACAUCUUCAAACCCCGUCAAGCAGAACAUUCCUCCAUCCACAACUAUAGAAAAGCCAUUAGUCCGAUCCACUUUUCCGGAGCGGCCUGGGAACAAUCCUACAGAGUACGUGACCGCGGAGAAGGAUGAUGAGGAUAGUUUCCUUGUGGAAUCAAUGGAUGCUGAUGAUGAAUUGUCUCAAGUUACAGUGACUAGUUCUGUGAAUGUAAACUGCGCCCCUUCUAAAAAUGGGGCUCAGUUAGAAGAAAGGUGGGGAAAUGGAGAAGCAAAACGUACUGAACUUCAUCACGACAGAAGAGAGUUGCAGCCAAGUCAUAAGCAAGCUGCUCACGGAGUAGAAAAGAAUCUGGAGACUAAUCCUCAAAAGCCCUCACAGUGCUUCUGUAGUAUUAUGCUCUCUUCUCCCAAAGUCCACAUCCCAAGGAAGGGAAAGCCGAAAGAAGGCUCUAAGGUCCCUGUGAAUAACCCUCCUACAGAUCAUGUUGCUGGUGAAGCAGGCAAAGAGAAAAAUGUCUGCCUAACCAGCUGGAGAAUUAAAGUCAUGGAUGGUAACACUGCAAUAUGUGUUGAAGGAAAACGGAAAGAUAUGAAAAAUCUGUCUUGGCACAGUAAUGCAAUUGUGGAGCGCCUAGCACACAACCAAGUUAAAACUUCGUCUGGCAGUAUCUACUUGCUACAGGGAAAUAUAGAUUCAGCUUCGAUGAGAAAAGAAGGAUUUCCCUACCGUUUCAUCAAAAGAUUUACAUACGGGUUUUCCAAAAGGUGGAAGGAGUAUGUUGAGGAGUUGCUUGAGGAAAGGAGGAGGAAAGAACAAAACCAAAAUAGUGGUGAGGAUGAAAAUGAAGAGAGUGUCUCAGGUACAGAUGUGCUGAAAAAUGCAGGAGGCUCAGCAAGAGCGGCGAAGAAACCUGAAACCAGAAACACCACCUACGAAGUGUUACCGAAGAAUAAUGAAAACACUUAUACGACACCGAGGCACAAUUCCAUAUUGAAUGACUCAAACACCGUUUACACACGUAGUGGCCGUCGCGUUAAACCACCGUUAAGUUUCUGGUGUGGGCAACGUGAGUUCGUUGAUCAGAAUCUAAAUGUUACUAUAGAAGAAGGUGGAAUAGAUUAUUUGAGCUUGAUGUUCAGUAAUGAAAAAUCCCAAAGAAAGACCACUUCUACCUCUAAGAAGACAAAAAGGAAGGAAGUAGUGAAGGCAACAGAAGAAACAACAAAAAGUCAAAGUAAAGGAAGAAGCACUGAAAAAGGAGUAAGUUCCAAAAAAGAAACGAAGUCCGCUGGAGGCAAGGAGGCCCAGCGGUCCGCUUCAGAUGACAGUGAAAGCGAUCAUGCAGUCAACAGAGCAAUUAAAACUCAGCUUUCUGUUAAGCUGACUCCCUUAAAUACUCAUGUACUAAACAAAAAUAACUAUAAUAGCAGAAUCCCCGGAACAACAAAAGAAAAGAGAGGAACAGAACAUGGAGAGCAGACGGCGCAUCAGCAGUCUUACAAGUACUCGUUAAGGUCAGCCAAGCACCUUCUCCAACACAAGCAUUUAACAGAAGAAUCGUCAAGCAAAGAUGAGGACGAGGAAUCCAGUGAAGAUAUCCCUCUGUCUAUCAAAAGGAGAAAUGAACCUUUAUUUAGAAGAGAGACUCAGAACUCUAAAUCUUACUCUAACGGUAAAAGUUCACAGGAUGAUGCAAACAAGGUGUCGUGUGAACAAAGGACAGUGCAACACUCUAGUGCCUCCCGUAACGUGCCCUUGAGGCAAAGUGUGCCCGGAUCUGUUAAUGGUUCUGAUUUACUUAAAGGGAAAAAGGCUUCCAGUGAAUCUAAUACGACCCACCUGCCUGAGAGGACAAUGAGGAUGAGAAGCAGAAUCAACCCUCCACGGUAUUUGUUUGAAUCUGACACUGAGACGGAAAGGAGCGAAGAGGAUUUUCAAGUAAAAGAAAAGAAUUCAAAAGUAUCUAAUAAAAAAACAAAUUCUAAAGUUUCUGGUACUGCCAAGUUUUCAGCACCAAAAUCAAGAGAACCUGAGAGGGGAAAGGUGCAGAAAUCUCUAGAACUUUUUCCAAGGGCAGCUGACAGUUGGUCUGAAAAGGAAUUACAGAAGCUCCACAGGGCCAUUGCUUCGUUUCCAAAGCACAGGAACGGCUUCUGGGUGGAGGUAGCCAUGGCGGUGGGCUCUCGCUCGGCUGAAGAAUGCCAGCAGAAGUACGUAGAAGAACAACAGUCAAAAGGUUCCGGAACGCAUGCCAAGAAGAGCAGCGCGUCAGGAAAACCAGAACAGAAAGAUACAAAAGAGCCGGUUAUGAUAACUGCCAAAGUGGGAACCCUCAAAAGAAAGCAGCAGAUGAGAGAUUUCCUGGACCAUUUGCCGAAGGACAACCACGACGAUAUUUUCACUGCGACGCCCUUUCAGCACAGAAGAGUGAAGUUGCCAACGUUCCGGGGAAGUCAUGAAGAUGAUGAUGACGACUUUGCACUUACGGACAACCCCAUCACACCCUCCUCGGCUGUCUUCCCUAUGGUGAAAACCCCUCAGUGUGAGCAUAUCAGCCCUGGUAUGCUGGUACCCAUCAACAGGAAUGAUUACGACAGGCACGUGUUCAGGAUGCAGAAGAACACGCGGGGCAGCAGAGGCACUUGGGACAACGUCAAGAAGUCGGCUGGAGGCGUGCUUGGGACGCCGGUGUCACACAGAACCACCUCCAGUUUUGGUAAAAACGUGAAUCAGCCCUCUGUUGUAGGGAAGCUCUUUGUGGCUGAGGCAGCAGAUUCAUCAGAUGAAGGACAGGAUGAUUUCUAUUUUUCUGUUUCAUGAACUCUGGAUUUUAUUAGUUCAACGCCUCUGCGCCCCUGGUGUGACGCAAGGGGGUUUGGCCACCCCCGAGGUGGUGUUCCUGUGAUGUUAAGAGUUCAGUUUGGAAACCCUGACCUGCAGUGUUUUUAUGUGUUUUAACACCACCCUCAUCUUGCCACCGAUCCAGCAACGGCUGCCUCUGCCCGGUGUACAAAGCAGCACUUUCGUGCCCGGGCUCCUCCUUUCCGUUGCCCUGUUUCUCCUGUAGGAGGGAGAAAGGUGCUCAGAUACCACUUACCAGCAAGUUUUGAUUCAUUUUAAGAUAAAAUAUCUUUUUGAAGUAUGGCUGUACAAUAAAUUAUUAGUGUACAGGCUGCAACUAAUUGGAAUUGCUUUUUAGCUUCCUCGACAGAGAGUUUAAAUUUUUACAUUUCCUUAAUGUAAUAAAAAAGGAGAAGCUUAUUUUA